AUGGACAUCCACAGAGCACUCUCGGCGCUUUUCUCGAAUCAGGCGGCCGUUCAGCCUCUGCUCGGCUCACUUGGCUUCCCGUUCGCCGACGGCGGAUUCGGAGCGCUCGCCUCGAAAUUGGACGCGCCGCUCGGCAUAGUUCCGUUCGAUUCGGCCGGUCUGCCGACGUCCACCUCUUCGUUGUUGACGCCCACGAAAAAAGCAAAGUUGGAGGAGGAUCUGUGCAGUCCGGUCUCGAGUCGUUCCAGCACGGUCAGCAGUUCUCACGUGAGUCUUUUUCGAUAUUCAAGACAAGAUAACAAAAAGUUGUAAACUGAUAAAAUGCUCUCAAAAACACAUUCGGCACUUUUUAUCUGUUGAACAAUUUUUGAUGUCGGUUUGAAUUCCUUCCUAUUAUUUAGCAUUUUCGGCACUUGAUUUCAAGAUGAGGUGCUUUGGUGCCAAACCAAAACUCUUCCAUAUUUGCAGUUCUCCAGUCCACAACGCUCUCCAUCGCGUAAGCCGUCUUGUCCGAUUCCGGAGGAGAAAAAGGUGUGUUUCCUUUUUCUUCUUGUGCUUUAUUGUUUACACAAAAGUGUUCUGUUACGCAACUUGACUCCUGUCACUUGCGCAACACGAGCACACGUCUCCAGACACGGCGCACAGCUCGGGGGCUUUGACUUUCUUUUUAGUUGUGACCUACUUUGACUAUGAAUCGUCAUUCAUUUUUCUUCAAACUCGGUUCUGAGAUCAUUGCAGUCUGCAAUGCAAAAUGAGUUUCUUGCCAGAGCCUCUCUUCAACAAAAAACCGUACUGCUCGGUUACCGUAAUCCCCUAGCCCUAGCCAGCUAACCUACAAUAAUUGCUGCCGGAUGUUGGCAUUCAUCCAUUCAAAAAAAAGCCUCAUCCGAGGUUUUAUCGUGCGGUAGCUGCUGACCUCCCCCCCCUCCUCCUCUGGUCCCGGACCGCCAAUUACUGCUCUUCUUCCUCUUCUUCUGCUGCUCAUUGUUUCGCGCCACCCAACUGUUGCCUUCGUUUCCGAGCGAUAAUUGCGUCUGCCGGAGGGGAUGUGCUAUUCGACGACCACCGUGUCGGAAUUUGAAUGGAUGACAGAGAGACCCUGAGGUGUUUUUUUGGGUCGAGGACUAGGUUCUCGGUUGCAAAACGUCGAACAGUUUCGCAACCGCGUUUCUCUAACGCUUCGAUAAGCCCACAAUACCAUGGCCGGUUGCGAAUCGUCUGUCAAUAGUGAAAUGAAACUCUGCAACGCCCAUUCAACAUGUUUAACACUAAUUACCAAAGCCGUCCGGUUGCAAGACGUCCUAUACUGAUUCGGAACGCUUUGCAACCAUAUCACACCAGUUCUAUCGACUAUUUGGUUGCGAAACGUCUUCGGGUGUCUGUAAGAAUUUGAAUAUGCGUGGGCGGACGUAAUGAUGAGAGGGUUGACCGGACACAUUGCGUUGCGCAACCCUAUCCACCUACUGUUCCCUCUAGAGAGGUUCCUAUAUUUACAUUAUUCAUGUUCUCUCUCUCAUUCAUCACCGGGUGUACUACGGUAGAGCGCAUUUGCACCAAAGAAACUCUGAUAUCGAGUGUCAAAAAGCGGUCGGCGAGCACGGCCGCGCAACGCGUAAAAGAGCGUCGAACAGUUGUGUUUCUAGUGUAAACGGGAGACUUUUUACGCGACCACUCUUCUAGGCGAUGUUGUGUAAAAUGCGCGACCUCUGCGACCAAUGUUGGGUUACGAAGAAGAUGUAAAAAGUGUGUGGUGCGAUAUCUUUUCCCCCGAGUAAUCUUAUGAUAGUGAGAAGAUGAGUCGAAGAAGGGAAGCUGAGAUUAGGCAGCGUCCAAAGUCUCGGAAAACCCGCAAAUGUCGCGGAUUUUGCAGUCCACACAGUCGGCAGAAAUUUGUUUUCAACGGUAUUUUUUUGAAAAAAAUUUAAAUUUAUAGAGAAUAUUUGAAAUUUUUUUAAAUUUCUUGGGUAAAUUUUUCAACGGUAUUUUUUAAAUUGAAAUUUCUCGAGAAUAUUUGCAAUUUUUUUCAAAUUUCUUGGGUAAAUUUUUCAACGGUAUUUUUUUGAAAAAAAUUUAAACUUCUCGAGAAUAUUUGCAAUUUUUUUAAAUUUCUUGGGUAAAUUUUUCAACGGAAUUUUUUUGAAAAAAAAUUUAAAUUUCUCGACAAUAUUUGCAAUUUUUUUCAAAUUUCUUGGGUUAAUUUUUCAACGGAAUUUUUUUGAAAAAAAUUUAAAUUUCUCGUCAAUAUUUGCAAUUUUUUUCAAAUUUCUUGGGUAAAUUUUUCAAAAAAAUUCCGUAGUUUUUAUGGUGUACGGUAACACUCGUUUAGCUGUGCGCACCCCGGAUUUCCCGCAAAUUUCUGCCGACUUUGGACUGCAAAAUCCGCGAGAUUUGCCGGUUUUCCGAGACUUUGGACGCGGCAUUAGGGAUUGACCACUUUGAGAAGUCUUUGCCUACUGGUUUUGGUUGUUAAACGUAUUUUUAUAUGGAUAUCUUCUUGAAUUAAGAACGACACUCUCACAUAAAACCUUUCUGAACAUGACACUUUUUUCAGGACGACGCCUACUUCGAACGGCGCCGGAAAAACAACGACGCGGCGAAGCGUUCGCGUGACGCGCGACGUCACAAAGAGGAGGCAAUCGCGGCGAAAGCGCAUGCGUUGGAGCAAGAGAAUCUCCAACUUCGCGGUCAAAUAACCAUUCUGCAACAGGAGGCCGCCAAACUUCGAUUCCUUUUGUAUUCGACCAAACCGUCGCCGACUUCCACGUCGACUUCCGAAGAUUCGGACACUUCGAAGCAGGACGAUUCGAGCAUCGAAGUGUGA